UAUAUGUAUAUACAUAUGUGGGAUAUAUAUUGGAUGUAUCACAUACUGAAAUACUGAUUCAUCAUAUUAAAUCAGCUGUUUUGCAACGUUGCCAUUUUCUACAUCACCAUGCAAUAGUCUCUGCUGUAAUCAUGUGAUAAUAUUGUAAUAUAUCUCAUCUAAUUCCACUAUUAAAGAGAAAGAGAGAGAGAGAGAGAUAAGCACUCCACAACUGGUUCGUGGAAGAAGCAUUAUUAAGUGUUGCAUUUGAACAUAUAUGAUAUUGUAUAUAUUUCCAAAAAUAUUUCACAAUGGUUCGACAAAUAUUUAUUGGUCCAAUGAUUCAUACAGAUGAGAAUGGAGAAUUGAUUAUUAAGAAGACCAUUGUCAUAUUUAUUGAGGAUGGCAAUAUUAUGGACGUUAUGGAGAAUCCAAUAGCAAAUCAACAGAAGAUAGAUGACUUUCAUGCAGACAAAGUUAAUAAUUUAUCACAUGGAGAGUUUAUAAUACCUGGCUUUAUCGAUUGCCAUACUCAUGCUGUGCAGUUUCCAAAUCUUGGAUUGGGUUAUGACAAAUAUCUGUUGGAUUGGUUGGAGACCUAUACUUUUCCAUUGGAGAAGAAGUAUACUGAUACAAAAUUUGCAGAACAAGUGUUUGAAGCAGUUGUGAAACGAACUAUGGAAGCAGGUACAACGACAGCAUGUUACUUUGCAUCUCUAUAUACCGAGGCGUCUGCGAUUCUCGCGAAGAAGGUUGCAGAGCUGGGUCAACGAGCUUUCAUCGGGAAGAUAAACAUGAACACUCAGCGGAGUGAUGGAUAUUAUGAAAGCACAGAAAAAUCAAUUAAGGAUACUGUGGCCUUUAUAGACUCUGUUGAACAAAUAGAAAAUCCGCUUGUGAGACCGAUUAUUUCGCCAAGAUUUGCAUUGAGUUGCAAUAUGGAAUUAAUGCAAGAGCUGGCAAAGAUUGCUAAAGCAAAAGAUUUACAUAUACAGAGUCACAUCUCUGAAAAUGAAGCCGAGAUAAAAGCAGUAAAACAAACUUACGAAGAUCAAUCGUCAUACACGGCUGUUUAUGAUGCCGCUGGUCUUCUUACCAGUAAGACAAUAUUAGUACAUGGAAUACAUCUUGAGGAUAACGAACUCGCCAUACUUGAGAAACGAGGAACAGCUAUAAUUCACUGUCCAUCUUCAAAUAUAAAUCUGAGAAGUGGCCUUUGUGAUGUGCGGAGACUAAAAGCUAAAAAUAUUAAAGUCGGCCUUGGAACAGAUGUUUCAGGUGGAUCAAGUUACAAUAUGUUGGACGAAAUGAGAUCAGUUUUACGUGUAUCAAAUUGUCUAUCUAUAAUGAGACAUGAUCAUGUACCAUUUAAUUACAAAGAUGUCUUCCAUAUGGCAACGUUAGGAGGUGCUAAAGCGCUUUCAAUUGAAAACAAAGUUGGUAAUCUGGUACCAGGCAAAGAAUUUGAUGCUCUCAUCAUAGAUUUAAACGCAAAAACCAGUCUGUUGGAUAAUUUCAAAGAAUACACUCUCGAGGAAAAGCUCCAAAGAUUUAUAUACUCAGGCGAUGAUCGUAAUAUAGUUUCAGUUUAUGUAAAGGGUAGAAGAGUUAAAUAAGAAAGAGUUUUAUUUUUUUAUACUAAAAAGAAAAUUGCUAAAUUAAUUCAUAAUGCAAAUAAGCUGUUGAAUGAAUUUUAUAAAACUGUUUCUAUUUUUAUAUGUUAUUAGCAAACUUAUAAAUGACAAAUAAAUAAUAUUUUAUAAUCUAGAUUAAAUUAAACUAUAAGUGAAGAUAUUAA